AUGUCUACACCACAAAGCAAACCGCCUGCAUCAGCGUUCACGCGAUGGAGACCGCAAUUCCACCUCCUCGCCCCUACUAACUGGCUCAACGACCCCUGCGGCCCGGGCUACGACUCCUCCACUGGAAAAUACCACAUUGCAUACCAAUGGAACCCCAAGGCAAACGACUGGGGCGACAUCUGUUGGGGCCACGCCACAUCACGCGAUCUAGUCUCCUGGGAUAUAGACCAGGAACCGUGUCUGUCCCCGUCCGCACCUUAUGACAACAAUGGUAUUUUCACAGGAUGCUUCCAGCCAACAAACCUUGAGGGUCAGCAAGACGGCACACUCACCUACUUCUACACCUCCGUCAAUAGCCUCCCAAUCCAUUAUACCCUUCCAUACAACUUUGGAUGCGAAACGUUAAGUAUCGCGCUUUCCCGUGACGCAGGACGCACUUGGGAAAGACACCCCCAAAACCCUAUUCUCUCCCGCCCACCGCUCGGUCUACAGGUCUAUGGCUGGAGAGACCCUUAUAUAUGUCACUGGCUCUCAGCACCGGAGAACGUCCGACGAGCAGCGCGGGAAGUCGCAGGCGACGACGUCAUAUACGGCUUUAUAUCAGGUGGACUAGCCAACCACACACCAACGGUCUUUGUAUACGCCAUUAACCGCCGUGCUUUAUACCAGUGGAACUACAUAGGCACCCUCUUAGAUGUCGGGCUUAAUGCUACGCCGUCACGCUGGUCCGGCGACCUUGGCUUGAACUGGGAAGUAGCGAAUCUGGUCACCCUGACAAACAACGAAGGCACGUCGCGCGACUUUCUCAUCAUGGGUGUAGAGGGAUGCAUCCCAGACCCGAAACCCAAUUAUCCAACAGCGAAGGAUAACCGCAUUCAGCGCUCCCAGCUCUGGACGUGCAUCAAGCCAAACGGCUCCCAGACCUCACCAGCAAAAGCCCUAAUGCAGCCCUCCUUCAGCGGAAUAUUCGACGCCGGCCUCUUUUACGCCGCAAACUCCUUCUUCGACCCCGUAUCUCAGCGCCAGGUCGUCUUCGGCUGGAUUACAGAGGAAGACUUGCCAGACGACGCGCGGAACGAGCAAGGAUGGAGCGGGUUGGUCUCGUUGCCGCGAAUGCUGAGCCUCCAGACGAUCCAUCGCGUCAAGCGUGCAAGGGCCACGGCUCAACUGCAUGAUAUCACGUCCAUAGAAGCGAUUCCGGAUGGGAAAGGAAGUUAUACUGUCUAUACAUUGGGUGUUGAGGUUGAUGGACGUGCUCAAAAGUUACGAGGCGGAGCUAGGGUGGCUACGCUCGGGGGACUGGAUUUGACCCUUGGCGAGGAUGAGGUGGUUGGAAAGGGAAGCGGGAGUUUUGUCCCGCUAAUUACGACAAGGUGGGAGGUUGAUGCGAGCAUUGCGGUUGGGAAGAGAUGCGGACAGGUUGGGAUGGUUAUCCUUCAUGAUGAAAGUCAGUGUUUGAUCAUUGGUCCACUUCAUUCUCUUUCUAUUUUGUCUGAUUGA